AUGGAGCACCAGUUAACUUCCAUCACUGAAAAUGUUUUAAUUACGCAUUUUCAGUCGAUGGGACAAACUAAGAAAAGUUCCACAAUUUGGACGAAUUAUUCAAUACUCCGAGCGAUGUUAAGCAUUAAACGCAACAUCGAUAUUUCGAAGUUUACCCAGGAUCAUCUGGUGCUUCCCGGACCCGUUGCCUGCCCCACGUGCAAGAAGGAUUGCUACUUGCACGGGAAGAUAUCCGACUUCGUUUUAGAUGCCAGCGUCUGGGAUCUCAUCUGGACGUCCCAACCGUGUGUCGAUUCGUGCUGGCUCAAGGUUCGCCAUCCGAAGAAUUUAUCAUGGAAGAGCUGCAAGUUUCGUCCAGGACCUUCGUCGACUGGAGCAGUUUCUGUCGAGAGAAGAAGUACAACCGUUGAGAUCGGCAAGAAGAAGUACAACCGUGGGAGAAGAAUCGAGGACCAGUGCAUCUUCGGAGGGAACGAGCGAGACUGGGCAACGUCUUCAUCGUUCCAGUUCCGGAUCGAACCACGGAUACCUUGCUUGAGCUUACGAGAGCACAUACGACCUGGAACCACAAUCAUUUCCGAUUGUUGGCGCUCUUGCCAGUGUUCAGGUGCCGAAGGCUUCCGUCACGUCACCGUUAACCACAGCUUGACCUUCGUGGAUCCCGACACAGGCGCGCACACCCAAAACAUCGAGAGGCUGUGGAGAGACGUGCGAGGAGGAAUUCCACGAUAUGGUCGCAGGGAGGCGCAUAUGUCAGGGUAUCUUGCGGAAUUCUUGUUUAAGCGUGCAGUUUCUCGGACUCGCCUUAUUCAUGAAUUCAUGCGAGCUGCUCCGACCUCUAUCCACCACCUUCCCCUGUGCCUAUCGGAGAAGAUCCCGAGGAACCAGUGGGAGGACCGAACAGUGGGCCGUGAUUUCAUAUUAUCGUCAAGUUUGCCUUUUUCCGUUUUCACUUGCCACAUUGUUGUAAACCCAUUUUACCAAUCCUUAUUCUACCGAAAUUCCUACAUCCUUCCAGGGGUCGACACCUCCUCGUGGUCCUUGAAGGACGGCUGUUCAGUCGACAAAGGAAACCCAUUUCCUUAAUGACA